GCUCCGCCCAGUCCAAGUGUCUAAUAAAUGUCCCACAGCUCCACUCCUUCUCUCCACACGCUUUCAGCUAUGGUUUCGCGUACUGUUCACGAGUUCUCUGCUCGGCUCCUCACCAGUGGGGAGAACACGGCUCUGUCCCAGUACAAGGGUCGCGUGCUUCUCAUUGAGAAUGUGGCGUCGCUCUGAGGCACAACCAUCCGGGAUUAUACCCAGAUGAGCAGGCUUCAGGACAUGUAUGGCUCCCGCGGGCUGCAGGUCCUCGCCUUUCCCUGUAACCAGUUUGGACACCAGGAGAACAGCGGCAACCAGGAGAUUCUGAACAUCUUGCAGCAUGUCCGUCCUGGGGGUGACUUCAAACCAAACUUCCCCCUCUUUGAGAAGGUUGAUGUUAAUGGAGAAAAGGAGCACCCACUCUUUACUUUCCUGAAGCAGCAGCUUCCGUAUCCCAGCGAUGACUCCCUUUCCCUCAUGCAGGAUCCCAAGAGCAUCAUCUGGUCGCCUGUGCGUAGGAACGACAUCGCAUGGAACUUCGAGAAGUUCUUAAUCACUAAGAAUGGGGUCCCGUACAAGCGUUACGGCCGUCGCUUCGAGACAUUCAACAUCCAGCAAGACAUAGAGAAGCUGCUUGAUGAAAAGUGUGCAUAGUGCAUAUCCCGACGGCUCUGAUGCACUGACUGUGUCAGGUCUUUAUCUCCCAUCCUAGUGAUGUUUUCUACCUGGCCCUCCCCAAACCCUCUUGGUUCCCUGUACUGGCUACUUGCCCCCAGGCUAUUACUAAUGAUGAUCUGCCUUGAAAUCUAGAGAGGCAGAGCUGAUGUACUCCUGUAAGUGCCUGAGGGCGGUGCUGGGAAAGGGAGCCUGGAGACUGGAUGGAGGGUCCCUAUUUUGUAGUUGUCAUAAGAAAAUAAAGUUUAUUUAACUAUUUUGA